CGGUUCAACGUUUUCUUUUCCGCGGACUGGCCAGCCAUGGUAGACUAAACCAAGCUUCUCUCUCUCUAGGAAACUGUUCUUCAAAUUGUUCAUCUGUUCUUCAUUACAAGUUUCAUUGAUCAGAAUCAUCCAUGGAUGAGAUUAUGAACAAGGUCGGGUCGUACUGGUUAGGUCAGAAAGCAAACAAAGAGUUCAAUUCCGCCGGUGAUGACUUUAACUCAUUAUCGACAAGCAUUGAAGACGGGGCCAAAUGGCUUGUUAACAAAAUGAAAGGGAAAAUGCAGAAACCUUUACCAGAACUAUUAAAGGAAUAUGAUAUGGCAAUAGGAAUCUUCCCUCGUGAUGCUACCAAUUAUGAGUUUAAUGAAGAAACAGGAAAACUUACAGUUUACAUACCAUCAAUAUGUGAAGUUGGUUACAGAGAUUCAUCGGUUUUGCGAUUUACAACUGUUGUGAUUGGAUUCUUGACGAAAGGGAAGUUGUCGGAUAUUGAAGGCAUGAAGACGAAAGUAAUGAUAUGGGUGAAAGUUAAAGCUAUAUCAUCUGAGGAUGGAAAGCUUCAUUUCUCUGCUGGUGUGAAGAAAACCAGAACUAGAUCUUCUUAUGAGGUUCUUAGGGAUGGAAUAACAAUUGACAAGUUUUAAUAAGGUAUGAGAUUUGAUGUUUCAAAUUCAUUGAAAAACACUUUGCUUGAAGUGGGAUCGGCUAUUAUCGUAAACAUGAUUUAGAUUUAGAAAAAGUUAUUAAGACGAGGUUUCAAGAAUUUAUUUGUACAAAUAAAUUUUAAAUCAUAUGUUUGAU